AUGUCCCAAACCUCUAAGACCUCGAGAAUACCAAAGAGACUCCGUGAGGGAUCUCGGACUUGCUCUGAGUGUAGGCGCAGAAAAGUCCGCUGUGCAUAUGGCCCGGACUCCGCUGGUGAAUGCGCCCGGUGUCUUGCACGCGGCAUUCGGUGCAUUGUGCCAAAGCCUCGUGGGACUGACGAUGCCAGUGAAGAGAGGAAGACUUUGAGAGAGAGGGUGGCCGACUUGGAAUUAUUAGUGGAAUCCCUCUCCCGAGAGAAGAAAGAUAUUGCUCGAUCUGCUGCCCCUAUCGUUACUGCCCGAGAUGAUGUUACAGCUGAAAAUUCGGACGAUGAUCUGGCUGAGCUCACCCGCCACGCUCCACUGGUUGCAGCACUAGAAGCUUCUCAAGAUACUGGGGACUUUCAUCCCCAUGCUGGCCGGAAUGUCCACUUUCAGAAGUCGGGUUCCACGCGCGAAGAUGCGAUAUGCGACCAACUCAGAGCUGCUUUACCCAGCUACGACGAGUUGAGACAAUGUUUCUCUGGAGACACAAGGUGGUGGGACUUCUGGCAUAUCAAGACCUUCGGAGCAGAUGCCGCUUACGAAAACCUCCCGCAGUUUCUGGAAAGAACCUAUACGACCGGCACUCCGAUAGAAGUCGGAUAUCUUGUCUCGUCUUAUGGUCGCCACAACGCAGCUGAAGCUUCGCAGUAUCUUCCCAUUGUUGAUCAUGUGGUUCUUGCAAACGAUCUAUUUGCGAGCACUUUGGAUGGUCUACUUCUAACGGUCUUCCAUGCAAAAGUGUAUCUCGACGUCGGUCAACCUCGUCGUGCCUUUCUGUGCAACCGCCACGGUAUCUCUUUGGCCCAGAUCAUGAACCUCCACCGCAACUAUUCAAACUCUCCCAGACGCAGCGCGGCUUGGUGGACCCUGUAUCUCGGUGAUCGGUUUUUGUCCGUCCUGCUUGGUUUGCCAUAUGCUAUUUCAGACGAUUCGUUUGUUGUCACCUAUGCAGACGACACUAGUCAAGUGGGGCACGCGACUUAUCCCUUUGCAAUCCGCUUGGGCCUGCUCACAAGCCGCGUGAUUGACCAAGUUCAGAGUCGCAAAGGACCAAAAUUCUCUGACAUUCUGGACAUCGACGACGAGCUCGCAUCCCUCGCUAACUCAAUGACAAGGAAUUGGUGGGACCACAACAUCCCGGUAGAUGCGUACUCGACCGACAUGAAUGAGUUACGAGAAAGGCUCAUCUGCCAAGCGCAGUACUUCCUUACAAGGACAUAUCUACAUUUACCAUAUCUCUUGAAGACGCCAACAUCCCACCUCUAUGUAAGCAGCAGACUGACCGCCAUCGAUUCUGCGAAGGACUUGCUGAAGCGUUAUCUGGCAUUGAGAUCGCAUGUCAAUGACAACCCCAUCUUCGAUUGCCAGUCACUCGAUUUCGUGGGGUUUAUGGCUUCAGUUAUACUGGUCGUUGGGUCGUUAUGCGACGGAGGAACUCCUCUCUCGCCGGAUGAUAUCGAUUUGAUCAACAAGACCGUGAAUGUUCUCCAAGUGUUGGCUGGAAAUAGGGUCAACCAUCUCUCUCGCCAAUGUCAUAAAAGUCUAGCAGCUCUGCUCGUGUUGGCUCACCUGGACAACUCGCUGAGCUCUGCAGCCCCAUCAAGGAUAACAAUACCUUUCUUUGGGACGCUCUAUGUGACUUCUGAACGGCAAUCGAGAUCCGACAGCACACGGACAUCGGGCCAGCACAGUAUUCCCUCAGACUAUACAAGCCGUCAUCCAAACACUUCGAUCGGCAAUAUUCAUGACAGCGAUCGCAAUCGUCAGUCCCCGACAAUCGCAUAUGAAGGCAUAUAUCGCUUUGAUUCGGACAUGGAUUGUGCACAAGAUGAACUCGGCACGGUGGCUGAAUCUUUCGGUUUCAUGACUGACUUGGAUCAAGACUGGGAGUCCUUCUUCAAUUCAAACAUACAGUGA